AUGAGCUCCUACCUGGAGUACGUGUCCUGCGGCAGCACCGGAGGCGCUGGGGACCUGCUCAGCUUCGCGCCCAAGUUCCGCCACGCCGAUGCCCGGCCGGUGGCCCUGCAGCCUGCCUUCCCACUGGGCAGUGGCGACGGCGCCUUCGUCAGCUGCCUGCCCCUGGCCGCCGCCGGACCCGCGCCUUCACCACCGACCACCCCCGCGCCGCCCCCUGCCGCGCCACCGUACGUGCCGUGUACUCUUGAAGGUGCCUACGAACCGGGCACCGCACCUGCCGCGGCUGGGGGCGCAGACUACGCCUUCCUGGGGCCUGGACCCGCGUACGACUUCCCGUGCGCGCUCGGGCGGCUGGCGGACGAUGGCGGGGCGCACGUCCACUACGCCACCUCGGCCGUCUUCUCGGGCGGUAGCUCCUUGCUCCUCAGCGGUCAGGUGGAUUACGCGGCCUUUGGCGAGCCCGGCCCCUUCCCGGCGUGUCUCAAAGAGCCCGCCGACGGCCACUCCGGGGCCUUCCAAACCGCGUCCCCGGCCCCUGGCGCCUACCCCAAGUCCGCCUCCCCAGCCUCCGGCCUCCCCGCCGCUUUCAGCACGUUCGAGUGGAUGAAAGUGAAGAGGAACGCCACUAAGAAAAGCAAACUCUCGGAGUGUGGGGCUGCUAGCCCCUGCAGCGCGAUCCGCACGAAUUUCAGCACCAAGCAACUGACAGAACUGGAGAAGGAGUUUCACUUCAAUAAGUACUUAACUAGAGCCCGACGCAUCGAGAUAGCCAACUCCUUGCAGCUGAAUGACACCCAAGUCAAAAUCUGGUUCCAGAACCGCAGGAUGAAACAGAAGAAAAGGGAGCGAGAAGGACUUUUGCCCCCCGCCACCCCUGUGGCUUCCCUCCAACUUACCCUCUCAGGCAAGAACCCGGGGAGCCCUUCUCAUGCCCAAGAGCCCUCCUGA